AUGGCACCACAAGCGUCCGCGCACGCCGUGCAAGCGCCUCUGGCACGGCCAGCGGGCCGCGCCGUCGAGCUUCCCCGCGAACUCCUCGAGCGUCUCGCGCAGCACUCGGGGGCUCGACCGGACAGCGGCGCGGGGCUGCCCGCUGACGCGCACGCCCUCUGCCCGCCGUGGAUCCGUCUGGCGCCGCCAAUCAUGCCUGCGACCCCCCGCGAGUCCUCUCUCCCGGGCGUGGGCCUCUGCUGCUCCAUGGAGCGGGACAUGCGGCUCGUCUGGUGGCACGGGUGGGGCGGGCAGGACUGCGACACCCUCCGCGCGGCCAUGGUCAAGGCAAUCCACGGCCCGCUCGCGCCGCAGCAGCACGAGGCGGCGCUGGCGAUCCUCGAGCGGUCCGCCCACGCCGCUCUCGGCUGCGGACUCGCGCCGCGCGAGCUCCCGGCCCUGGUCGAGCACAACCCCCCCCUGGCCACCGCCUUCCUGGUCCGACUGGCAGGGACACCCCUCCUCCCUCAGUUCCUCGAACGGCUCACGUCGGCGACGGCGCUGUCGGUGCAGGCCAUGGAGGUGAUGAACCGCAUGAUAUCCGGCGGGCACGUGUCCGCGGAUGCGACGCAGCAGUACCUGUCGCGCUGCAUGUCGCAGUGUGGCAACAUCCAGGACCGCUUCAUGCAGAACAGGAUGGUGCGGCUGGUGUGCGCGUUUGUGGCGGCACUGGUGCGCAGCGGGGCCGUGGACGCCGCCGCGCUGCGGAUAGAGGUGCAGGCGUUCUGCAUCGAGUUCUCCAGGGUCAAGGAGACGCAGGCCUUGUUCCAGCUCGCUGGCGAGGCCGCGGCGGCGUCACGCGCGGACGAGCCACACCGCCGCACGCAGCAGCCGCUCAGUUGA